UAGAAAUAGCACGAUUCACAUUACUGACGAAGUAUGCAGAAGUUGAUCUGCUAAAAAAAAUAUGCGCAAGCAUUCGUUUCAUUGGUUGAUCUUUAACCUUAAUACAUUAAAUGAUAAAUAUUCGCUUUACGUAUUAUUAUCUAAUGGCGAAUACUGUCAGAAAAAAUAAGCCAAGUGAGAAAUCACCUCCAUGUAAAAUUAACUAGGUUAUCGAUAACAAGUGGGUAAAAGAGUGUUCCUAAUACAGUGUGUAAUGUUGUGUAUUGAAAUCUCAAACUUGUAAUGAUGGUGUUUGAGGAAUUUGACAUUGUACAGCAUUAAAGUGAAAUGGAUGAGGAUGGGACAGACCACUGCAUCAGAUUGCCAGCCACAAAUGGACCACGUCCGUACAAAUGUGAGGUUUGUCAAAGAUCUUUUCGAGAAGUUGCCACUCUAAGGAAACAUGAACAGUUACAUCGAGCCGACAGACCUUAUGUGUGUACAACAUGUGGGAAGUCCUUUCUCUGGUCAUCAAAUCUCAAGGUCCAUGAGAGAGUUCAUACAGGGGAACGUCCAUACAAAUGUAAAAUAUGUCAUAGGUGUUUUACUCAAUCAAAUGAUUUAAGAAGACAUGAAAGAAAUGUUCACAUGCGUGGUAAACUUGGAAAUCAGAGGGCACCAGCUGCCAGACCGACAGGGCAGGUCAAUAUGGCUGCAUAUCAUGCCUUUGCUAUGCAGCAGAGGGCAUUAUUGCAGCAUGCCCUGACAUAUGAGAGCAUGAUUCAGACCUCUAGUGUCAGCCAACAUCACAUUUUUCCAGGUCAACCUCGGCCAAACUCUCAGAUGAUGUCUCUACCUCAAGCUUUAAAAUCUCGUGAUGGUACCUCAGCUAUAUCUACCUCUACAGACCGAGACAAGGACCAGUCUAGUCCAGUCAAACUAGAACAGGUGACACCACCUCACAGCCCACCUGAACAAGGACAAGUGGAACAUAUGAAAGCAGAAACUAGAUACAGUCUGGCAGAAAGUUAUAGUCAGAUGUCAAGCUCAAGUAUGGUGCAUUCUCCAUCCUCAUCAAUACCAACUUCAACCUUUACCUCACACAAUGAAGGCAUUAUUACCAGAAAUAGAAAUGGGAGCAUUACGCCUCAGAGCAGUGGUCUAGUAUCUCCAGUCUCAACAAACUUCCGAUGCAUGCCAGAGCGAUUAUCCAUGACAAGUCUACCUCAACCAACAUUGCCUCCAAUCUCCUCUCUUUAUAAUGGCAGCUCAUUUGAUCGGGUCAUUGAUCUCAGUGUCAACAAGUCUGUCAGUAGUGAAGAAUCUGAGGAUAAUGAAUCAAAGGGAGGGAAUUCUAUUCGUUCAAAGAGCCCACCUAUGUCAGAGACGGAAAGUGAAGAGAAAAGACAUGUUACAACUACCUCAGAAACUCCAGUUUCGGAUUCGGGUAUCCAUCAUUGUGCACAUUGUAAUAUUAUUUUCAAUGAUUUUACAAUGUUUCAUCUUCACCAAAGUCUGCACUCUCCAGAGGAAGAAGAUCCUUUUGUCUGUCCGUCAUGUCAUAGACGAUGCCAGGAUCGUAUUGAGUUCAUGUUCCACAUGGUCUGGCAUGUAAAGUACCCCCACACUAUACCAAACUAUGAACCUUUCAGAGAAAACUUCAUAUCAUAGAUGGAGGAAAAAUAGGAAUUUAAAUAUGGUGCAAAAAACCCUGAAGAUAAUCAGUAACUGGUGCAAUACAUCAUCAUUAACAGAAGGCUAGCCAACAGACAAAAUGAGGAAACUUUGAUUGUUCAAAGGGAGAUAACUCAAUCAUGUUGAGUGUUGUUGCUUUUUAUGGAGUUUACUUGAAUGUAUCUAUAGUGAAUUGUUGUUAAGAUCUUGUUAAGGAGAGAAUUAUAUUUUUAGAUAAUCUGCUAAUAAUAUGUUGUUUAUGAUAGAUUUCUUUUCAUACUGUUUUGGAGUGAAUGUCAACAUCAUUAAUUGUUAGAACUUUAUUGAAUUAUGUUUUUUUUUUAAGUUUAACCGGUGAAAACACCAUAUUUUCAUUUUCUUGUUAUUUCAUUUGAAUUCAGUCAUUAUAUUUCAUUUAUCACUUAUUAUUACUUUUUGCACUUAUCAUUUGUAAUUUGAAAACACAAUACCUCAGUGCUGGCCUGUUACAACAAAUAGUUUGAUAUUCAUUUUCUAUAGAAAACUGAUGGGCAGAAAGAUCAUUUUUGUUUUGCCCAGCAAAAGAAACAACAAAUAAACCUCCUAAUAUUUUGGGUGGCAGAAAGAUAAUUUUUGUUUUGACCAGUAGAAGAUUACAACAAAUAAACCUCCUAAUAUUGUCUUUACCAUUGCAUCAUUUACAUUGAUCAAAUAUCAUUAAUUUCAAAUAAAUUUACAACUGUGCCAUAUAUUUUAAUCAUGAUGACAAAACGAAAUUAAACCAACCGGUGAAGUACCAAUUUGUCUCCUUAUAAAUUACAUUUAUAAUUUGGUGUGGCAAUUUUUUUUUAUUAACUUGUAAAGCGUAUUCAUAAUUAAAUGUCAAACAGCAAUUAUGUUGUAAGGAUAUUUACUGUUGAUCAUGUUAUUUUCUAAAAUAAUGAUUAUUUCGGCUAUUUCCAUGAAACUGCUAAGAGUAUUUUGUUUUGUCUUUUUCACUGUGGUUUAGAAAUUAAUGUUCACUAAUUCUAUUUUAAAUGAAAAUAUCAAUAUAUGUUUCUCUUCGACAAAUGUUCUAGAAAAAAAAUAUUCCCUAAAAUUGUUUAAAAUGUCCACUUUACAUGUGGCAGGACAUGAGGCCUCAAUAAAGCAAGUUAUGUUCUUUAAGGUAGUGCCUUGAACUAUCAAGAAAGAUUUUAUCUAGAAAUUAUAACUAUGCUUUUCAACUUAUAUUUAAUUCAGAUUUUUAAGAUGCUUGUUGGAUUUCUCUCAUUAUAUUAAUUUGACAAAGUGCUGAUAUCAUUUUCAUUCCAUCGUGGCAUGUUUUGGUGCAUUUAUAACACUGCCAGAGAAACCCUCUAGUUAUCUCUUCAUCCUUUGUACAUGGCAUAAUGUUAGGUCCUUUAGUCAUCUUCUGUGAGAAGUAAAAACAGAUUGGUUACUGAUAUAUAGUCAUUUUCAUAACACAUUUUCAUUUCAUUAACUGUGGCAAAAAUAUUCAACUUUUUUGUUUAAGGAUAAACAAGUAAGGUGAAUGUUCAAUAUAUUAUAUAUUUAUGGAUGUCAAACUUUCAUUUGAAUAAAUGAAAGUAUUGAUAAUUUAUUUUUUUGUAUCAAAAUUCAGUUCAGUUUAUAAAUCAUCAGAAAUUUUUCUGUUUUUCAUACGACCAAUAUUCAAAAAUAAAGGACGUUGUUAAUAUAUCUACAUGCAGUAAAUCCAUCUAUUGAAAUUUGAAACUCAUUUAUUACUAAAAGUAUGAUAUAUUGCUACCAAAGUUUAAAAUUAACUAACCUAUAAUAUUAAGUAACAAAAUUGAUGUGGAAUAUUUUUGCUACAGGCCUUUGUAUUUUCAUGAAGUUCAUAUGCUAGUAGAAUAAGAUAAACUAUGUGCCAUAUUUACAAAAUUUUCCAGGCUUUAUUUUUUUAGGAACUUUUAUAUAUUUUACUAAUAUGAAAAUAUCUUGUGCUUGAUAAGUUUGGUAUUAGUGUAACCCCAUUUGCUUACCUUUAGCUUAAAGCAGAUAGCAAAUUUACAGUCUAAUUAUAAUAUUGUUUUGUUUUUUUAAUUUUCAAAUAACAGAUCUUAUAACUUUUUUUAUGUAAUUUGUAAAUUAUUUGAGAAUUACUGAUUUCAAAUAUGAUUGAUGGUGAUAGCUAAAAGGUCAGAGGUUAAAUCUGAGAGUUUAAAGAUGAAAAGUUAAAAAAAAAUUAUGAGAUGCCUAAACUUUUAAGUAAAAUGAAUGUUUUUAUAAAAAUAUUUUUAACAAAGUUGUCUAAAAUUGUGCCAUUUAAUUUGCCUUCUCAGGCACUAAAAGGACAUUAACCUGUUGUGUUCAGAAAAAUAAAUGAAAUGUUUUGUGCAAAUAUUUGUUAUAUAAUUCUUAUGAAGCUUGUUGUUUUAAUUCCCCCUCCCAUUCUCAUUUAUUAUCCUCAUUUGUAGAAGUGUAAAACACCAUUUUUUGAUUUCUCCCCGGUGGUUGUUGUUUAUUCAUUGUUGAAUUUGUGAGAUUUAUUUUGGAGAAGUAAUACUAAUAUAAAACAUAUAUGACUGAAUCUAUGUUUGUCCAUUCUGUCCAAUUCUAUAUCAAGAAUGACCUUUAUUAGGAGAUUUAAUAAUAAUUGGAAAUAAAAUUGAAAUGAUGAAGUAAUUUUGCAAUACACUGGUAAGGACCUGUAUUAUUAGUAAGAACAUAUCUUUUUUUUCCAGAUAAGUAUUGUUCUUCAUUGUUUGAGCAAAAUAACACAAAAAUACACAUAUUUAAUAAAUGUAAUGAAUUAAAAUAUGGUUUUAACAAAAUGGCUUCAAUUUAAAUUAAGAAUUAGCUUUUUUUUUUACAUUUCUGAAUUUAGAAAGAAAGCAGUUAUUGUGAAAAUGUCUAUUGUGUUGUAAUUUAGCACUUCUAUUUUGAAUAAGAGAAAAUGAAUCAUUCACUUAAACAUUUUCAUUCUCAUAUUUCAAUGUUUUGUUUAAUAUUGUUUAGUAAUCGAUGAUUAAUGCAUUCUGUAUAGUUCGUGUAAAAUGAAGAGAAAUACAUCAAUAAUACAUUUAUUUUCACAUUUAAGGGAGACAAAGAACAUUAUGUAUUCUAUACAAGUAUAUGUACAAUAUAAACAGCCAAAUUAAGUCUUAAAUACAAUAAAUUUUAAAAGAAACAGUCAUACUUUACUAUUGAUAGAAAGAUUUUGAAUGGAUUCAGGUAGGGAAAAAAAUAUGUAAAAUAAAAAUAAAGAUUCUUAUGUCUAGAAUGUUACAGAUGAAGGCUGGAGAAGAGAAAUUUCAGCUUAUUAAAUGCAAUUUCAAAAUUCUUUUAUAAUUUUGUUUCUCUUAUUUGGACACUAAAAUGAUUUGAUUUUACAAAAACUUGUGGUUGUAUGUCAUAUAAAGAUUUUUUUUUAGUACUUGAUAUUUUUAAAUGUUGAAUACUUACAAAUGUUGAAAACUUACAAAUGAUUGAGGAUUAUUAUCUGUUUCGAUGUAGUAAUGACAUUUGAUAUUUUCUUAGUUUAUUCCUUGAUUCAUGGACAGUUUUGAAACAUAACUGAUUUUUUGUUUUUAUGACAAAUAGUUUCAUUUUGUCCACAUUAAAAGAGUCUUCACAUGUUUACCUCAUUUCAAAACAGAUAUGGAUAUAAACAUCGAACUCAGGUUCUUUACAGAUAUUGCGCAACCUUAUUUAUAAUUACCCCAAACCUCAAGAAGUGAUAAAACUGACCUCAUUUUAUAAUUACCCCAAACAUUAAGAAGUGAUAAAACUGACCUCAUUUUAUAAUUACCCCAAACCUCAAGAAGUGAUAAAACUGACCUCAUUUUAUAAUCAGCAGACCUCAUAUGUUUUAUUCAGGAAAGCAAGUUAUUUUGUUUUAUUUAUAUCAUCCAAAAAUUCUCAGGACCAUAACUUGGGUAAUUUUAUUUCCUUCGUAACAUGUUUUGAAAUAUAAUUCAAAAUUGCUGGAAGUUAUAUGCAUCUAGAAAAAAAGUUUGAUCUAUUGAAACUACGUUUUGUUUUUUGUUUGUCUUUUAACUCAUUAAUUAAAAACAAAUUACAACUUUAUAUGCAGAAAACAUUCUUAAUUGUAUUUGAAAAUUUUGUUUGGAAUCAAUUAUCUCUAAAAAUUAAAACAAUAAUUUUAACUAUUUUAUCACAAGGAUUUGGAAGUAUUGACAAAUCAUUAAAAAAAACUUGAUUCUCCUUUUGAAAAACCGAUAUAUUUAGAACAUAUAUUUGUGUAUCACUCUAAAUAAUUUUUGAUAACAUUGAAAUACAAAUAUCAGUUUUGAACUUCCACAAAUGAAUUAUAUUUCAAAUCUUGAGUUCAUUGAGAACAAAAUUUCUCAGGAGGUGUUGCCACAUGGGUAGUUAAAGAUGGCAACGGAAUCUAUCUACCUCACUUUUUUGUAUAUAUAAUUUUUCGAUGUAAAUAAUUUAUAUCAGCUUUGCUUCACUAUAUGUGCUUUGUAAUAAUGCUUAAAACCAUGUAGAUUGUUUGAAAUUAUGUGAAAAUGUUAAUUAAAAAUCCAUAAUAGUUUUCAUUUUUCAUUAGAAGGAAAGCUAACUGUUUAACACAAUGUUUUAAAGCUUUGUCACGAAGCUUACCAUGUACUUCAAGGUUUCACCAUUAUUAUAUGGUCUGAUGUUAGAACUAUAUGCAUUUUCAUGUUAUAUGUUGUUUUGGCUGUUUUGUUAAUGGUGAAUGAAAGGAUUUAUAAUGAUGAAAUUUAAAAUUAAAAAAUCCUUAGUUGUUGAUUUAUCAAAAUGGAGUUUUUCUUUUCUGAAUCUAUUAUGAUUUUUUUUUAUUGAUUUUAUUUGUAUAAAAUUAGUUUUUGUAAAGAACUAAGUUAAUUGAUAUUGAAAUACUUGAAAUACUUAAAUUUUAUGUAACCUUAAAAAGUAUUUAAAUUUUUUGCAACAUUCUUUUUUAAUUAAAAACCUUCAUGUGAUUAUGUCAAACAUGUAAAAUUACAUGAAACUGAUGCAGAUUCGUUUGUGAUAAUACAUUGUGAUAAAGGAGUGAAUAGAUUGAAAGAAUCUGAUUGGAGGAAAAAAGAUUUGACCAGUUAUAUGUCAAUUUUUUUUGAAUGUUAUAAGAUUGAGAAUACAUGAAAACAAUACAGAUAAAUAAUAGAAUUAACAAUAGCUUUUAUUAAAACAAAGGAAAAUAAAUAUUAUAAAACGUUCAGUUUUUCACAUUCAAAGUAAUUAUAUCUGAAUUCCUGAAAGUCUGUUGCAUAAUAAAGAAUAACUGAUAUUAAGUUUGACAAAAAUACUAGAAUCUAGACAGAAUAACUUUCUACAGGAUUUGACAAGUCUUGACUUUUUGUAUGAAAAUGACAAUCAUAUUCCACCAAUCAUGUAAACGAGGGUAAUGAUCAACAAGUAAGAGAAGUUUAGCAAGUUUGAGUAGUUUAUACCUUGGCGCCUUAUUUUUCAUAAACUACCUCAUACCAAUGAAUUGUACAGGAUAUAGUGCUAGAUUGAAAUAUAUUUUGCUCAGUUUUAUGUGAAUAGGUGUUUUGAAUUGUUGUAAUAGUGUAAUUUUGCUCUUAAUCUAAUUGAGAGAUUUUCAUACAAUUUAUAGUCAGGGAGACUAAAAUAUAUUAUUUGUAAUGAAGCCUGAAAAUAUUCUUAAUUAUAAGUGUAAAUGUUUCAUUUAUGUGCUUUCCUUAGCAAUUCUUAUUUGUUCUGAAUGAUCAGAUACUAGAUUUAUAUAAAAGACUGUAUUUAACUUUCUGUUGAAUAACCUGUUUUCAGCACGAUUGAAACAUUCAAAUGUAUACAGUUUGAUUAUAAAUUUAAAUUUAAUUAUACAGUGAAACUUGUCUAAACAAAAUAGAGAAGCUUACUGCGGAAUCAGUUCUUCAGUUUCAGAUGGUUUAGGUUUAACAGGCUGAACUGUUAUGUGCUUAAAAUUAACGAUAUAGUAAAAUUUCUUAAAGUCAGAUUGAAUAAAGGUUGCUGAGUAAUGUAUAUGAUACAAUUUAUACUAUGAAAAAACGUCCAAAUAACCUCCCUAAGGUAAUUUAUUAUGUUAAUGCUAUUGCUUAUUUAAAAUUGUUUUAUAAACUUUGCUGAAUGACAGGGUAAGAAAACAAGGAUGCAAAUAAGUUGUUUAAAUUGCACAAUAACAUCCUAAGUGGGCAGUAGAUCCUAAUACAUUUAAAUGUUUCUGUUAAAUUACUAUCAUGUAGUAACUUCCUUGAUAUUGUUACAUUGAUUUAAACCAAUUAGAUUGUCUUCGUUUCAAUGAAAGAUAUUUGUGCAUCAAUUGCUCUACAAUGAAUACAUUAUGAGGAUGAUCAUGUUUGUCAUAUGACUUUAUAAAUAUAUAACUUUGUUGCAUGGUUUGUAAUCAUACCAUUCUUGCAUGUUCAGUCAAUCCACAUCACUUGAGAUCACAACUCAACAGUUAGCACACUUGUUGGUAACCAUUCUAAUCUACAAUAUUUAAGCAAGUAUUGUAGGUUAGUUAUAGUAUAGCAUUAAUUAUGAAUUGUACUUAAAUAUUUUGACACUUAAAUAUCAAGUUUUAUAUAAAAAUUAAACUUAAUUAAGUUAUUUACUGCAAUGUGAAAAAAAUCAAAUUGUAUAAAAGUUGUUUUAAGAAUGCGUGUUUAAUAUUCUGGCACUAUAAUAAUAACUGUUGUUUACUGAAUUUCCAGUUAGUGUCAUCAAAUUUAAACUUAAAGCUGAUCCGUGAACUGUUAAAUCUGAGGCAAAUAUCUAUUUUUUUUUUAAAUUUCACAUUAUAAUGAACAUGUGAACUAAAUUUGGAAUUGAUGUGACCACAACUUAUUAGAAAUACCAGACUAAAAUGUAUAACCUUAUAAAACCAAAACUUUGAGCUGAUAGAUAUCUAUAUUCAGUAAAUAUUGAAAUCGGAAUCAAGACCCUAACUUGAUACAGUAGGGACAAAUGCACAGAUCAUUAAACAUUGCCUUCCUACUAUUGUAAGCAGAGCAUUAAGAUAAACAAUGAAUAUUCAGAUUGAUCUUUUAAACUUUAUUUAUAAAAAGUUUGAUAUGUAAGAAAAUAAUAUUGUACAAUAACAUAUUGUGUGAUUAGAGUUCAAGUAUUUUCUUUUAAGAAUAGUACUAGAUAAUAUGCAAAAUAGAUACAGAAUUUCAGAGAUGAUUAUCAUUAUCAUCUCAGCAAUAAAAAUGGAAUGUUUAUGUUAUAAGCGUGCUAAGUGACAAAGUUAUAUGUUUAUUUAUUUUUAAAGUCAUCAUGAUCAACUUUAAAAAUUAAAGAUCUGAUUAUUCAAGAAUAUGCUGAAUUUAUACAGAAAUUUCAAAAAUUUACAUACAAAUCAUUUUAACAUCUAUUUACACCUUUAUCAACAGUUGUAGAUUUAAAGGUGUUUUAACAUGCCCAACUGCUAAGGCACUUUAAAAGUUCAACUAUUGAAGGUCUUAUGAUUAAAUUUAAAACACAGAACCAUAUAAGAAAAUUCUUUAUUUGAUUGAAAUGAAUCUUACAGCAUAUUUAAUCCUUGUGUAAAUAUUUUGUGGCCUUUUAUAUUAUAAUUUGUACCAAAGAUUUUUAAAUUGCAUUUUACAGUUUUCUUGCAUUUCAAACUGUCUAAUAUAUUUUGAGAUCUUUUCUAAGUUUUUCUUCUUGUAAUUUAAACAUGUAUAAUAUCAUAUGCAAUUUAUUAUAUAUUUGUUGUUUUGUAUACUUGUUCAUGCAUGUUUUAAUUACAAGAAGGAACUUUUAUGAAGUAAAAUUAGUGCUAUUAGUGUGGUUGUGAUCUAUCAAUUUACAUUAAAUAUGAAUUUAUAAGUUCUUUUGUUUUAGUAAUUUGUAUGUUAUUAUCUGUGAAAUUCUGGGAAGAAAAAGCCUAAAAUUUUCUUUUCAAUGAGGUUGAUUAAUAUGUUCAAAGUUAAACAUUAGGUGUCAUGUAAAUAUUUUAAUGAAACUGAUUUUAGAUGUAUGUGAGAUGGGAAUUAUAUAGAGUGACAUAUGAAACAUACAAAUGAAAAUAUAUAUGAGAGGACGAAUGCUUAUUUGUAAUUUGUCAGCUUGAGAAUAUGAUUUCACAUGUAAUAACAUAUGAUUAAGGUUCUUUUGAAGUAGAUUGUUUUACAAAUUGAAGCAUGGGAUAUUUUUUGAGAUUUCAAAGAUAUUUUAUUGUUAAAAAUGUUUGAACACGAACUUUAUUCAAAGAAAUGCAACACUUUAGAUUGAUUGUUGCCAGUUAUAAAUAUUGCUGUGAAUAGCUUGUAGUCAUGCCAGUUUGUAAUCUUCUUUCUCUACCUCAAUCAUUUUGAUGCAUUUUUAACUUCUCAUCCAUUUCAGUCAGUCUUAGAUUUUAUUUUCUUAUUCUGUAUCAUAUUGAUCUGUUUAAAAGUGUUUUGUGAUUGAUAGAAAAUAAAAUCCAUCAAUAUUUGAUAAAUAUACAAUAAUAAACUGAAUGAACAUAUAAUUUUGUGAACACCUAGAGUACACUAGUACCUGAUAGGUUAUUUCUGCAGAUUCAUAUUAUUUUUUUGUUGCAUAAAGAAGGGAUUUCCCCCCCAAUAUGGGUAUUAAUUUACCCCCCUUUUGCUUUUAGCCUGUAUUUUCACCUGAUUAACUGAAAUUGGUAUUGUAUAUUUACAUAAAGUGAGUUUUUACAUUGAAACAAACUAGUUAUUGUGUAAUAAAAGUUUUGAUUUGUUAAAAUAGACAUGAAAUUGUAUUAUUAAAGAACCAGCAUGUUGCUAUUUUUUUCCCUUUCAAAUUGCAACAUAUAUAUAUUUAUUGAAUAUUGAUGGUAAUUAAAAGUUUAUCCAUGACUCUACCUCAUUAUUUCUUAGUGCCUGAAAAUUUUAUAAUCUUAAUGAAUUUUAUUAUUUAUGAAUAAAAAUAACAAAACUGUAUGCAAAUUUAAGGCUAUUUACUUAACAUGAUAUGUAUGAAUUUAUUUGUAUGUAUACUUACUAAAUUAAUCAGAUUGUUUUGACUGAAACAAAUUUCUUAUGAUUUUUAUAACAUUUUCCUAUGUGACAUUAUGAAGGUAUUUGCAUACUUUAUAUGGAUACAAAAUGUACAGAAAUUGUCUUUUUACUUUCUUACAUGAGUAAUAUUAUGUUUAAAUUAUGCUUAUUCAAAAUCUGAAGCAAACAUGUUCUAUGUUUCAAAACUAAUUCUUCACAUAUUUUACUGUCAUUCAAUUAGUUUGAAUAUUAAAGAUAACAUAGUUCAAACAUUAAUAUAUGAUUGUGUGCAAUAACAUUCUUUCUUAUUGCAUUUGGGCCUGCAUUAUACCCAGAAGAAAAGUACUAGGCGAAUUCAUAAGGAUUAUUCUUAGAGAUUCAAGAAAACAGCUUUGUUCAUUUGUUUUCAUAAUUUGUGGUAGUUAAUAAGAAAAUUGGAUCGUAUAUUAAUGUUGCUAUUUAAUGUAUGUAAUCCAUACUUGUUCACAUAACAUUAAAGGUGUCACCAACUUCGAAGGAUUGAAGAGAAAAUGCUAGUUUAUCCCAUAGUUAUAAGCUAUAUUGAUUUUGAAUAUUUUUGUCUGUGUUUUUAUCAGGUUUUAUAUUAAUAUAAAAAUGCAAAGUGAAUUUUGGUGGAAAUUAUUUUGUAUAUGCCUAUUGCUAUAAAAGACGUUUUGUUAAAAUUACUACAUCAAAACAUAGUCAAUGGCAUUAACUCAUUUCCAUUUAUAUUCAAAUUUACCAUUGAAUACAAUAAAAGGAUAAAAAAAAUAAGACAAUUAGGAAUCAAAAAUAAACUUAUUACUUUUCAAAAAGCUAUUUAUACAUAAGCUUUAUAACCUGCUAGUGGGAUAAACUUAGCAAAAUUAUAUGAGUAAAGUUAAGUUCCCCAAUGAAUGUAAAUCUGUUGUAAAUUUGUGUUUUUGCUUACUAAGACGGGCGGAACUACAUCUGAUGUUGUUUUCCGGUGAAUAAUUAGGAGAGGAAUUACUACAACAGAAAUUGUGAUAGAAAACUGAAUGAGUCUUUAAUAUCUCAAAAACUAUUUGGUGUAAGAUUGACGAGCUGUUUGAAAUUAUAUGAUGUUUUAAGAAAUUUGGUAUUAAAAUCACAUAAAUUAAAUAUGGAAGAAACUUUUGGAGCAACCAAACUGAAAAUAAGUUUAAAAGCCAAUUUUUGGUAUUUCUUUGAUUUUAGAUAUUUUCUGAACUUUUAUGAAAUGAAUUAAUCAAACACCUCACCAAGCUUACAUUCAGGUAGAACAUCUCUAUAAAUAGUGGAAUGGAAAGAUAUUUAUAUAAACAUUGAGAGAAAUCAGCUAUUAAAUUAUGUAGUUGUGAGAUAGAAUGAUGUCUAUGGGUUGGAAUUCUAAAAUAAGAUGUGGUAUUUAGGUGAAUUAUAAGGGAGUUAAAAUUAAACCACAAAUAUUUUUUUUUAUAGCAGAGAGACUUGUAAGGAGUUUGAACUGUUUUCUGUUACAAUUUUAUUGAUGUUUUUGUAUUGUUAUUUACCUCAAAUAUGUAUCACAUUAUACCUAUAGAUCAUUUAGAAUUAAACUUGUUUAUGUAUAAAUUG